AUGAUGACUACGAAGAAGAAGAGGAAGAAAAAGAAGAAAAAGAAGAAGAUGAUGAUGAUGAAGAAGAAAAGGAAGAAUUACUAUCGGCUGUUGCAUCUCUUCUGCAAUGAGUUACCAUCUACUGCGUUGGGUCAUCCAAUCAUUAAACUCACCUGUACUUUCAUGACCACUGGAUGCUUUAUCAAAAAUGACCAGUCGACGGUGACUUCUGAUCUACUUUGA